AUGGAGAAAAUAGAGCACACGACAGUCACCACCAAUGGCAUAAACAUGCACGUGGCAUCGAUAGGGACAUGCCCGGUGGUGCUCUUCCUCCAUGGCUUCCCUGAGCUCUGGUACUCGUGGCGACACCAGCUUCUCUACCUCUCCUCCCUCGGCUACCGCUGCAUUGCCUCCGACCUUCGCGGCUAUGGCGACACCGACGCCCCACUCUCUCCUGCCUCUUACACAGCUUUCCACAUCGUCGGAGACCUCAUCGCCCUUCUUGACAAGCUUGGCAUCGAGCAGGUCUUCUUGGUCGGCCAUGACUGGGGAGCUAUGAUUGCCUGGUACUUCUGUUGGUUCAGGCCGGAUAGAAUCAAAGUUGUGAUCAACCUGAGCGUGCCAUUUUUUCCCAGGAACCCGACGUUAGAUUUAGCGGAAGGCUUCAGGGCUUCGUUCGGUGAUGAUUAUUACUUUUUGAGGUUUCAGGAACCUGGAGAAGCUGAAGAAGAUUUUGCUUGUGUCGAUACCGCAAUACUAAUGAAGAAAUUCUUUUCUAUUUUUGGUCCAAAUCCUCCGAUGAUACCUAAAGAAGUGGGAGUUAGAGGAUUGCCAACACCAGAUGCAUUGCCUUCUUGGUUGUCAGAAGAAGAUAUUAAUUAUUAUGCCACCAAAUUUAAGCAGACAGGUUUCACCGGAGGAUUGAACUAUUACCGAGUUAGCCACCUAAACUGGGAGCUCACAGCACCAUGGACGGGACUACAAAUCAAAGUGCCAGCCAAGUUCAUAGUGGGAGACCAAGAUAUCGUCUACAACAUCCCAGGUGUCAAGGAAUAUAUAAGCGGCGGCGGUUUCAAGAGAGAUGUGCCAUGUUUGGAAGACGUAGUUGUGAUGGAAGGAGUAUCUCAUUUCAUCAAUCAAGAAAAGGCAGAUGAGGUUAGCGCACACAUAUAUGAAUUUAUGAACAAGUUCUGA